AUGGGCUCUAAUUCACCGUUUCAAAAAAUCAAGCUUACAGUUAUUGCUGUUGAUGGGCUUUACAAGCGGGACUUAAUACGCACACCGGACCCGUUUGCUGUUAUUACAGUUGAUGGAGAACAAACACAGACAACAUCUGUUAUACGCAAAACACUUAAUCCAUAUUGGAAUGAAAGUUUUGAAAUAACAGUAAAAGAAUCAAGUAUUCUUGCGGUACAAAUUUUUGAUCAGAAAAAAUUUAAAAAAAAGGAUCAAGGUUUUCUUGGCGUUGUCAACUUGCGUAUUAGUGAUGUGAUUGAUCUAUCAUUAGGUGGUGAUGAAAUGCUUGUAAGAGAUCUUAAAAAAUCAAAUGAUAAUAUGACAGUUCAUGGGAAACUUAUUAUAAGUCUAUCUACUUUUGUACAAGUUCCAAGUCAUAAUAUGUCUUCCAACAGUACUGUACAAACAAAUGGUUCUGUUUCUAAUUCUACUGCUUUUUCUACAUUUAUAGUACCAACACCUUCGAGAAUUGCUAUGGCUUCUGAGCAUAAUUCUGCUGAAAAUACUGAAGCAGGGCAUUCAGGAAGUCAUAAUACUCAUCAUAGUGUUUCUUAUCAAGGGAGUAAUACAUUUAGUUCAUUUGAGGAUCAGUAUGGACGAUUGCCAUCUGGCUGGGAACGGCGAGUAGAUAAUCUUGGACGUACUUAUUAUGUGGAUCAUAAUACACGGACGACUACUUGGACUCGGCCUUCUACUAAUCAAACUGAAUCAGAGCGAGCAUCUCAAUAUCAGGCGCAAUCUGAGUCUGAAAGACAGUCCAGAGUGCGUCCUGGGUCCAGAGAAGGCCAACAAUCAACAACAGGAUCAACGUCAUCUCAACAUGGAGCUUCUGUAAAUGGACAGAAUAGAGUGCCUAUUGUUUCUAAUAUUACAACAAGCCCAGGUACUGGCGAUUUGCCUAGUGGAUGGGAACAGCGUUAUACACCAGAAGGUAGAUGUUAUUUUGUUGAUCAUAAUACGCGCACGACAACGUGGGUUGAUCCUAGACGCCAACAGUAUAUUCGGAUGUAUAGUGGUACACAUAUGGGAAAUACAAUUCAACAACAACCGAUUUCACAACUAGGGCCUCUCCCUAGUGGAUGGGAGAUGCGUCUUACGAAUACUGCAAGAGUGUAUUUUGUCGAUCACAAUACGAAGAUAACUACAUGGGAUGAUCCUCGACUUCCUUCUUCUUUGGAUCAGAAUGUACCGCAAUACAAGCGAGAUUUUAGGCGAAAGCUUAUUUAUUUUCGAUCUCAGCCUGCUUUACGUCCUUUGCCUGGACAAUGUCAUAUAAAAGUUCGAAGAAAUCGUAUUUUUGAAGAUUCAUAUGCUGAAAUUAUGAGACAUGCUCCUAAUGAUCUUAAAAAAAGAUUUAUGGUAAAGUUCGAUGGUGAAGAUGGACUUGAUUACGGUGGAUUAUCAAGAGAGUUCUUUUUUCUUUUAUCACAUGAAAUGUUUAACCCUUUUUAUUGUUUGUUUGAAUAUUCAUCUGUAGAUAAUUAUACUCUUCAAAUUAACCCUCAUUCUGGCAUUAAUCCAGAGCAUUUAAAUUAUUUUAAGUUUAUUGGAAGGAUUCUUGGACUUGCUAUUUUUCAUCGAAGAUUUCUUGAUGCAUUUUUUAUUGUUUCAUUCUAUAAAAUGAUUCUAAGGAAGAAAGUUACUCUUGCUGAUAUGGAGAGUGUAGAUGCCGAAUUUUUUCGAAGUUUAACAUGGAUUUUAGAAAAUGAUAUAACUGAUAUUCUUGAAUUGACGUUUUCAACAGAAGAUGAUCGUUUUGGCGAGGUUACAACAAUUGAUUUAAAACCGAAUGGACGAAAUAUUCAGGUAACUAAUGAUAAUAAAAAAGAAUAUGUUGAACUUGUUGCAUAUUGGCGUGUUUUUAAACGCGUAGAAGAGCAAUUUAAUGCAUUUCAGGAUGGAUUUAAUGAACUUAUACCGCAAGAACUUAUUAGUGUUUUUGAUGAAAGAGAACUUGAGCUGCUUAUUGGUGGAAUUACUGAAAUGGAUAUGGAUGAUUGGAAGAAAUAUACUGAUUAUAGGGGUUAUACUGAAUCUGACGAGGUUAUACAAUGGUUUUGGAAAUGUGUACGGAGUUGGGAUUCUGAAAAAAAAUCACGUUUGUUACAGUUUAUAACGGGAACAUCUCGGGUACCCGUUAAUGGUUUUAAAGAUCUUCAGGGUAGUGAUGGUCCUCGACGUUUUACAAUUGAAAAAGCAGGGGAGAUUACACAGCUUCCAAAAAGUCAUACAUGUUUUAAUCGCGUCGAUCUUCCUGAAUACCCUACAUAUGAAAUGCUCGUUCAAAAGCUUACACUUGCUGUUGAAGAAACAAUUGGCUUUGGACAAGAGUAA